UUUCUACCUCUGUGAAGUUGGCCGAAGUAGAUCGGUUUUCGAAGUUUAUUUUGUGUGGUGGUUUCGUCGGGGUUUUGACAGUUGAUAUAUCAUGGAUCUCAUGACAUCUCAUUAACAUGAUCUACGUCACAAUAAUUGAGAUAGAUCAGAGGCGUAGGUGGAGCCACAAGAAUGGCAAGGAAUUCUGCACCCUUGUUCACUACUAAUCGAAGAUCGAAGUCCGCAGGCCACUCCGCGGGUAGCCUUGAACUUGAGUUGCAGGGAGUGUCUGGGCUGCUGGAUCGUGCGAGUUGAAAUUUUGGACGGGUAGCUGUCAAACAUAUAUUUUCUAUUUAAUUUUUAUCUACCAUGGAUCCCGCUGUCUUCCCUGAAGAAAUAUGGAUAAAGAUCCUACUAUACUGCGACGUGCCUGACAUUAUUGCCUUUGGGAGCACCUGUAAAUACCUCAGAAAAACUUCGGAUACCGACUAUCUAUGGAAAAUAAAGUGGUUGCAGCUGAUAUCUAAAGUACAAUUUAAAUUCCCUGAUAUCAAAUGUCUGCAAUUAUUAAGCGUCAGCUUCAAAGCAAUGUGCUACCGUCUACACAUGGUAGUGACACUGGGUGAGAGUGCUCCAUUUCCAAAAUGCUACCAUUGCAGUGGUUACACAUGUCAAAGAAAUUGUGUGGAGGGAUCAAGUUCUAGGGUUGUUAUUGAGAUCGGUAACAAGUAUACAUGGGUUAUAACACCUCACUUUGGUUUGAGGAGGCAUUUUACCAUGUUUGGUAUACCAAAAUACAACACAACAAAUGCUGAGGUACAAACGCAGGUUCCAAGCAACGCAAGCAGCAGUGGGAGGUUGAAAAAGAUUGAUUCCAAAUCUAUUGCAAGAAAAUUGAAACUACUAGGGCUAUCGGAUAUGACUUCUGCCAAGAUACCAAGACCUAGUGGACCAUUUUGUGUGUUUUGUAAUCCAGUUAAAUUAUAUCGAGAAAAAAAACGACUUGGUUCUCACCAAAAUGAUGUACAAAGAUAUUCUAGUACAAAUCCGAUUUAUGAACAACUUUUCAACGGAUAUUGCACGGACACUGUUGAAGUUCUAGGCAUUCCUAAUGUAGAUGUUGUAAGUCCAGCAGAGGCUCUGCUCAGCGACGAAACUUUUCCAGUUCUAAAGACCUUCGUUGAUCAUUUAUUCCAUCAAAUGGGAUUGACGGCAACUUUAAGAAAGCCUAAUGCAGUACUAAUGUUCUGCGAACCACUGGCUAUGCAUCCCUUGCUGAGAAAACAGCUACUUCAUUAUUUAUUUCAGGAAGUAAAAGUUGCCAGAGUGUGUUUAGUUCCCAAGCCUUUGGCUGCUUGCGCAAUGCUUGACAUUGAGACUUGUGUCGUUGUCGAUAGCGGUGCAUUAAGUACGACAGUUGCUGUUGUUAUAGGAGGUAGAGUAAUGCCUGAUCGAUGGCGUCUUUUGCCCGUCGGAGGUUGGCACGUUGCUCAUCAUCUGAAGCAGGCCAUGCAUUGGCAGCCCAAAGAAUACCAUCAGAUUCCUAUAUCCUAUUUGGAUACUAUGGCUGUUAAAGAGCGCUGCAGAUUGAGUUACAACAUUGAGAAUGAAGAGCCAAAACGAGGGCCGGCAAGACGAGAGAAUAUUAAUCUCAGGGUCGACAGCUAUGCAGACUACAAACAGUUUUGGAGAGUGUCGUUGGGCUCCGAGUUAUUCAUUGCACCGGAGAUGAUGUACGUCAGUCUUGGUCUCCCGGAAGUCAUUAAGGAAGUCACACUUGGGCUUUCUGCCGAGCUAACUCAAGAUUGCUUGUCUCAUAUUUUGCUCACUGGAGGUAAUACAGACUUGGCAGGAUUUGAGUUAAGGCUGUCUAAAGAUUUACGGGAACUGCUACCAGAACACAGCCCAAUUUUAGAAGUUAAAAGUUGCCCGGGAACUCAUAGUUGGAAUGUAGCUAUGGGCUCUACUUAUGUACCAUUAGCUGUACAUCCCGAUAAAACGCCACCAGAAUACUUGGAGGGAAACCCGUUCUGGUUAUCACGAGAAGAGUAUGUCCUUUUUGGUUGCGAAUCUCUUGAGCAGUAGCAAAAUUUCAGAGGUAUACCCAUCUAUAUCAAUCAAUUUUGAUUAAGUAAAAAAAAAACUAGUACCUUAGCAAUGAUUAUGCAAAUUAGUAGUAAACCAGUACAUAUGUCCGAUGUAAUAUCAGGAAGAGAAAUGUUGCCAUUUUCAAGUAUAUUCUAUCCCAUAUUGUCUAUCAACUCCAAAAUAUCAUUCUCUCACAAUUAGUCAUGUUGAACUACAUCUAAAAAAAAAAUAAUCAUCGAAUCUGCGAUGCUGUGUUCAGGGGCUGUACAGUGUCAUCAGGUACCUGCGGAAUUUGUUAAUUAUUAUUAGUGAAGUUUUUUUGUCAGGUUUGUUCAGCGAUAAAUUUCUUCUCAAAGAAUUUGAAUUUAUUAUGUCGCAAGCAUUCGAUAUGCUGCUAAGAAAAGUAUAGAAGUAGUGCAGGAUAACGGUAGGACAGCUUUACUAUAAAAUUAAUCUUGACUCGUACGAUUUCACCAAAUUCCACAUAUCUUUAUUUCAAAAAAUAGUAAUAUCUUGUCUCUCUGUGUAUAAUUUUUAUUCCCUUUGGAUGAUUUAGAUGUUGAAAGAAAAGAAAAACAAUCUUAUCGUAGAUAUUCAUUAAAAAUUCCACGAUGAGUGAGUUGAACAUGAUGAUAGUAUCUCAAAUGACAUCAUGUGUUAUUUCUUAAAUUUAUAUCGAAAACCUUGCCAAAUAAAAAGAACGGGAAAAAUAAGAAAUGCAAUAAAAAAAAAAUAUAUAGAGAUUUUU